AAGAACAUAGUCAUCAUUGGGGCUGGCGUAGCCGGCUUAACGACUGCCUUGCUACUGUCUAGAAAGUCAGGUUACAAGAUAGUUGUUGCAGCUAAGCAUAUGCCCGGCGAUUACGAUAUUGAAUAUGCAUCGCCAUGGGCCGGCGCAAACUAUAUGCCUGUCUCGGUAGGUGGAACUGAAGCUGCGAAAUGGGAUGAAGACACCUGGGGGCCAUUGGCAGAACUUGCCCAAAAUUAUCCCGAGGCUGGAGUCCAUUUCCAAGAUUGUGAGAUACACAGUCGCGCGAAAGACGUUGGUUCUGCAACAGCAAGCUGGUUUUCCGAGCUACUGUCACCAACUCCCUGGUUUUCGAAAACUGUCCCAAAUUUUCGCUCGCUGCCGAAGGAAGCACUGGGCCCCGGUAUUGAUUCUGCCACGGUUUUCACGUCGGUAUGCAUCAACACCGCUAUCUAUCUCCCCUGGCUGGUUUCUCAGUGUCUCGGCAACGGGGUAGUCUUCAAACGCGCUACGUUUAAGCAUAUUCGUGAUGCGUCAGCCUCUGAUGUUCAUCCAUCAGGCCAGGUUGAUCUGGUCGUUAACUGCACUGGUCUCAUGGCCUCCAAGCUUGGUGGAGUUGAGGACAGAUCUGUCGUUCCGGCACGUGGUCAGAUUGUAGUCGUCCGCAAUGAAGCAGGUAAAAUGCUUGAUGUGUCUGGCACAGAUGAUGGAGAAGAUGAAGCGUGUUAUGUCAUGACAAGAGCUGCUGGGGGAGGCACGAUCCUCGGUGGGUCGUACCAAAAGGGCAACUGGGAAUCGCAGCCUGAUCCUAGCCUUGCGAUUCGGAUCAUGAAGCGGGCUGUGGCUAUGUGUCCUGCUCUAACAGAUGGCAAGGGUAUUGAACAUUUGGAUGUCAUCCGACACGGUGUUGGACUGCGACCUGUUCGCGAGGGGAGGGACCCGCAUCGAGAAGGAGAAAAUCGAUGGGAUGUGGGUAGUCCACAAUUAUGGUGCUGCGGGCGCUGGGUAUCAGUCAUCCUAUGGCUGCGCAAAGGCUGCUGUGAAUUUGAUCGAGGAAGCUUGUGGGAUUCGGGCAAGGCUAUGACCUUACUCAACCUUUAG